UACAAUCUCAUUCAUGAUCAUUACCAACUACCUGCACCUAGCUAUUCUUCUCAUCAUUCACAAAUGGGUUCUUCUGCAAGAUUUACUGACACUCAAAUCUUCAAACCCAUCUCAGCAUGUAACUCUGACAACCGUUCAAAUCAGUCGGUGGCCGCUGUCCUAGACGGAGCCAUUUUGAUCUCUCCAAGUGCUUUCCCGUAUUACAUGCUUAUGGCAAUUGAAGGCGGCAGUCUCUUGAGAGGACUACUACUUUUACUUUCAGUUCCUUUUAUUUACUUCUCUCACAUUUUUAUUUCUGAAUCUUUUGCUGUGGAAACUAUUAUCUUUAUAACUUUUGCUGGUUUAAGAAUCAGAGAUAUCGAAGUCGUGUCUAGAUCAGUUUUAUCAAAAUUUUAUGCCGAAGAUGUUCAUCCAGAGAGUUGGAGAGUUUUCAAUUCUUUUGGGAAAAAAUAUGUUGUUACUGCAAAUCCAAGAAUUAUGGUUGAACCAUUUGCGAAAAAUUAUUUGGGAGCUGAUAAAGUUCUUGGCACAGAACUUCAAGUACUGCCUAAAUCUGGGAGAGCAAGUGGGUUUGUUAUGAAACCAGGUGUUCUUGUUGGGGUGCAUAAGACAGAAGCUGUACUGAGAGAAUUUGGUGAAAAUCUGCCAGAUUUGAGUGUUGGUGACAUAGAAACAGAUCAUGGUUUCAUGUCCAUUUGUAAGGAAAGUUACAUGGUACCGAGAACAAAAUGUGAGCCACUUCCAAGAAACAAGCUUCUCAGCUCAGUGAUUUUUCAUGAAGGGAGACUGGUAAGAAGACCGACGCCAUUAGGUGCACUCUUGACUUUCCUAUGGAUGCCAAUUGGUUUCAUCCUGUCCCUUCUCAGGAUCUAUCUCAUCAUUCCACUACCACAACAACUUGCAGCUAAGUACAUGUUCAAAAUCCUUGGUAUAAAUUUAACUGUCAAGGGAAAUCCUCCUCCACUUCAACGCAAGAAAGACCAAAAUGGAGUUCUUUUUGUUUCUAAUCAUAGAACUGUGUUAGACCCCAUUCUCACAGCAUCUGCCCUUGGAAGAAAUAUUAGCUGCGUCACAUACAGCGUUAGCAAGUUCUCCGAAUUAAUCUCGCCGAUAAAAACAGUAGCAUUGGCAAGAGAAAGAGAGAAGGAUGCCGCCAAUAUCAGACGUUUGCUUGAAGAAGGUGAUGUAAUGAUUUGUCCAGAAGGAACGACUUGCAGGGAACCCUUUCUACUAAGGUUUAGUAGUCUCUUUGCUGAGCUCACUGAUAGGAUUGUUCCGGUUGCAAUUAAUACCAAGCAGACAGUGUUUUAUGGUACAUCGACUCGUGGGUUUAAGCUGAUGGACCCUUAUUUCGUGCUAAUGAACCCUUUGCCAACUUACGAGAUUACAUUUCUGGAUCAAGUGCCAAUUGAGUUAACUUGCAGAGGCGGGAAGUCACCGAUUGAGGUUGCAAAUUACAUUCAGAGGAUGUUGGCUGGAGUGCUGGAAUUUGAGUGCACCAAUUUGACUAGAAAAGAUAAGUAUAAGAUGCUUGUUGGAACUGAUGGCCGUGUCCCAACAAAGAAAUAAUGGAUUUACUUAUGAACAAAAAUUGAGUUUAAGAUUGUUGCAGGGGAUGACAGGUGUUUUAGAUUAGAUAUGAUCUCUAAU